UAGUUUGCAGCAGCAUCCUGGACUCAUCUUGGACUCAUCUUGCCUACUAUCUAGCAUCUACAACAUUAGCGCCCCUUUCUCUCACGUGUUGUCUUCAGAACGCUAGACAUGGAGCUAUUCAGGUUCCUCGCCUUCCUGGCAGCCGUCCUGCCCGUUGCCUACGGUGCCCCCACGCAGGCUACGACCAGCCUCCACCCGAAGCUCCUAGCCGCCAUGAAGCGCGACUUGGGGCUGGACGCCGAGCAGGCCACUGCUCGUGUCACCAGAGACCUUUGGGCCAGCGAUGUCAUCGAGCAGCUGCGCAGCUCGGCGGGCGACUCGUUCGCCGGCGCUUGGAUCGCCGAGGACGGCACCACGCUCAACGUCGCCGUCACUGACCAAGCCUUGGCCUCCGAGGUGACCGCUGCUGGCGCCACGCCGGCUAUCGUGGCCAAUAGCUUGUCCAAGCUUGAAGAGGCUAAGCUGGCACUUGACAACAUUGACAUCGAGCAGCCCAAGGCCCUCGGCACGGACUCGGCCGACACGGGCAUCGCGGCGUAUUACGUCGAUGUCGCCGCCAACAAGCUCGUCAUAGAGGCACUUGCCGGCAGUACCGCCCAUGCCGAGUCGCUGGCCGCGCAGGUCGGGCUCGCCGCGUCCGAGUUCGAAGUGCGGACAGUUGAGGAGAUGCCGACCACCCUCGCCACGGUCCUCGGCGGCGACGCCUACCUGAUCAACCGAAGUGCCCGGUGCUCCGUCGGCUUCUCGGUCACAACUGGCUUCGUUUCGGCUGGCCACUGUGGCACCUCAGGUAGUUCUGCCACCACCAGCAGCGGUGCGUCGCUAGGAACCUUCUCGGCUUCGGUCUUUCCUGGCAGCGCCGACAUGAGCUACAUCCGCACUGUCAGCGGAACCACCCUCAGUGGCUACAUCGAUGGAUACGGCUCGGGUAACCUGCCCGUGUCGGGCAGCACCGCGUCCGCCACCGGCGCCAGCAUCUGUCGCUCCGGCUCUACCACCGGUGUCCACUGCGGCACAGUCCGCGCCCUGGGCGCGACAGUCACCUACGCUGAAGGACGUGUCACUGGCCUCACCCAAACCAAUGUGUGCGCCGAGCCCGGCGACUCUGGCGGGUCCUUUUACACCGGUGCCCAGGCCCAGGGCGUCACCUCGGGAGGCUCCGGCGAUUGCACUCGCGGCGGCACGACCUACUUCCAGCCCGUCAACGAGAUUCUGUCGACCUACGGCCUUACCUUGGUCAGGGCUUAGGUAGCUAGUUGUCACGGC